UCAGCGACCUCUAUUCAUAAAUGUCAUACUGCCAUAUUCAAAAAUCUCUAUUUGACUGGUGGCUUGAAUUUUCGUAACGUAUUAAAUACGUUUUUAUACAAUAAAAUUUAAUUUUUAGUGUUAAAUAAUGGCUGCACAACGAGCAUUGCCACAAAGUAAAGAAGCUUUAUUGAAAUCUUACACUACAAGAUUAAAGGAAGAUGUAAAAUCUAUGCUUGAAAAUUUUGAAGAAAUUAUAAAGUUAGCCAAAGGAGAAAGUGAUUCUCAAUUAUCUCGUAUGACACAGUGUGAACAAGAUACUUAUGAAAUGCAUGUUAGAGCAGCGAAUAUUGUUCGUGCUGGAGAAUCUUUAAUGAAACUUGUAUCUGAUAUAAAACAGUAUUUGAUACUCAACGAUUUUCCAUCUGUAAAUGAAGCUAUAGCACAAAAUAGUAAAUUAUUUAGAACAAAACAAGCUGAAUGUGAUCAAAAAUUAGCAUCUUUAAGAGAUGAUAUGGCUGCAGAUUUAUACGAUUUGGAAGAAGAAUAUUAUACAUCAAUAUAUAAAUAACACAGGUUUUAGAUAUUUAUAAGGAAGUGCAAUUGUGUUCUAUUGAAUUGACUGAAAUAUUAUUUAUUUGUUCAAUAAACUGUAUAUAUUUAUUUAAAUAAAUAAGAAUAGUUUUGAUAGUACAUUCCUAUUUUUCAUUUGGGAGUCUGAUAAGACACGCCAAAAAGAUAGGCAUGACAAUAUAAUAAUUCGGGCAUACUUAUUUCAUUUUAUUACUUGAAUACUUUAAUAACACACAGACGAUACAUCACACAAUACUUCUAACUUGUAAGUAUACUCAAUAAGGUAAUUGUGUCUUCAAGCUUCGGAUAAUAAUGACAAUAAUAAUAAUGAGAAUAAUCAUAAGAAUAAUAAUAAGAAGAAGGAUAAUCUUAAUAUACUAUUUCUUUUUAAUCCUUUACUUGAAUGACGAUGCCUUUCCAUACUGUACAGCGAUAAUUUACAGAAAUAAUACGGAGUUCCCUCGACCGGAGUAGCGAGAUUACAUCGAUUCAAUCGUGCGACCAGAUUGAAAGCAAAAAUGCAUGAUUUUAGAAUUUGGAAUGUUUCAAUCAUCGUAAUCUCGUUCACUCCGUUAUGUAGUAUUAUGAAAAUACAAACUGAUCGGUCGACACGGUACUGGUUUCUUAAAAUAUUUGGAAGCAAUUAUAUAUAUCAUUAUUAUGAAAAAAUAAUAAAAAUAUCACAGUGUAAAAUGUAACGCUGUGACACAGACCCAUCAAGCAUCGAUCGAAUGACAAUGAAAUUAAAUGAAAAAACGAUUGCGUCUCGAAAUACGCAAUCAGAAUAACAAUGUUCAUUAAAUACUGUGACGGAAAUUGGAACACAAUUGUUUCAAUGUAUAGAUGCAUGUUUAUCGUUAAUUAUUAUCAUCAUAUCGCACGUUUACCCUUGAAUCAGUCCGCGAUCACGCGAUUAAAUUCUAAUCGAAAGUUAACCAUACUGUCGCAAUCAUACUUCAAACACUUACGCGAAUCAACAUAACAAUUUUAAUUUUUCGACGUUUGUGUUACCUUCAAAUAUUAUGGACAACGAAAAAAAAAAAA